AUGCACCAAACAGUGCCUGGAGCACACCAAGCUGGUGGUCACAAAAAGGCAAGUGAUUGUGCUCCUCUUCCCUUUGCUAGAUGGUUGAGGUAACUUUCAGUGGCAGUGUGUUCACUAUAGCUUUAAAAGCAUAUAAAAAACACAUCGCUUCCCUCAAAUGAUUAUGUGCACUGUAGUUAAGAGUUGCUUGGAAUUGUAACUCUGUGAAGGGUAAACUACAGUGCCCAGAAUUAUUAUUUUUUGGGGGUGGGGAAUGUGCUUUAAAGGUACAGUGUGUACAUGGCCAGCAACUCAUCAUCCUACGAAAAUGGGUCUAUUCUGCCAAAUUCCGCAAUGGAAGUGGGCAGGCCAGCAACAGUUGCUCCUAGGUCGGAAACCAAAGAGGCUGCAGGUAUGAAUUUACCAGGGUUCUUGAUAUUUUCAUCUUUCCACAGCAGGACAAGUGAUGUGGAUUUUACCCUGACUUGAGAUUUAUACUCAAAUACUGCCAUUAAUUUUGUACAUGUCCCAUAAAUGUAUCACGAAUAGGAAACAAAACAGCUUGUUCAACAGCUUCCCGUGUGCAUAGAACACACACACACACAAAAAUAAUUUAGAGUGAAAAGCAUAUUAGCGUUCAUCCUUAUUAUCCAUAUGCCUUUUAUACACCAAUCCAUUUAUUGUUUAUAUAAAUGUGAUUACUUUGGUCUCUGCAAUUCAGCUCCCCCCUCCCAAUAAAUAAUAAUCCUUCACUUAGAGCAAUUCCAUUUUUGUAUGAAAAUACUUACCUUCAACGGAAGACAAUAGUUUUCUAUUGCGGCAUUAUUCAGAAGUUAUGCCUGUGUGACAAAAUAAAACAAAAAGAGCUUUGUGUUUAGAAAUACUCAGCUGAUACAAAGACUGAUCCUCAGAAGUUCUGUUGGCACCACCCUCUACAGACUGAAUUAGGGCUUUUUAGUAUAUCAAGAAGAUAAGUCUAGCUGCAGGGCAGCUAGUGUUACUGUGUGUGGCACGGAAGGAGGAGCCACAUUCCUGAUCUAAUUCUUUUUAUUCAAUUAAUUCUUACAUUAAUUUGCUGCUGUGCAAAGACCCAGCCUACAUAGAAAUUUCAAAAAGAAAAUGUUCACAAAAUGGUAGGGCAUUGUUCUUGGAGAAAGGACAACAAUAUUUAUCUUUAUGGUUUUUAAAAGGGCUUGAUGAGCACUCCUCAACUUGGAUAUUACAACUAGGGAAAUUUAACCUCUAAACUACAGGUGGGGAACAGCCCGUGGCCCCGGGCCUCUCCAUUUGGCUUGCAUGGCCAUUUUGACCAAACCACACCUACCUGCCCUAAACCUGACAUAUGCUAUCAGGUGUGGGGCAGGUAGGGGCCUGGCUUGGUUGAAAGGGUCUUUGCAGACCCUCCUUCCUAAGUGCUGAUUGUUGGGCACUUUGGAAAGUACUGUGCUUGGUGCUGCAGAGCACUCAAACAUUUGACAACCAGCUGGUUGUGAGGUGCUUUGGAAGCACUGUGCUUGAAGAAGAAGAAGAAGAAGAAGAAGAAGAAGAAGAGUUUGGAUUUGAUAUCCUGCUUUAUCACUACCCGAAGGAGUCGCAAAACGGCUAACAUUCUCCUUUCCCUUCCUCCCCCACAACAAACACUCUGUGAGGUGAGUGGGGCUGAGAGACUUCAAAGAAGUGUGACAAGCCCAAGGUCACCCAGCAGCUGCAUGUGGAGGAGCAGAGACGCGAACCUGGUUCCCCAGAUUAUGAGUCUACCACUCUUAACCACUACAUCACACUGGCAUUUCCCAAGCACAGGGUUUGUAAAGGCCACCACUUCUGGUGCAUCCAGUUACUGGUCCACGUCCACCUUGCCCCGGAAUAUAUACUUCAGUCAGCAGUAGCUCUCUGGGGUGUAAGGUUUUUUCUCUGUCUCCCAAAUCUUGCUUUCCAGAACGGGUGCUAGACUCUAAAGAAACCUUUUCCAACCUGGUGCCAUCCAGAUUUUGAAGUGUGGUCAAGUUGGCAGGGGGUGAGGGAAGUUAUAGUCCAAAAUGUUUAGAGGGCACAAGCAUUAAGAACACUGCUAUACUGAAACAGGGACAUAACAAUCUGCCAUCUCAGACCAAAGGCAAAGUAGAGAAUCCACUUUGCCUGCAGAAGAUCUCAGGUUCAAUCCCAAGCAUCUCCACAGGACUAAGAGAGAGGUCGGAGAGCUGCUGCCAGUCAGUGUAGGCAAAGCUGGCCCAACGGGACAAUGGUCUGUCUUGGCAUUAGCCAUAAGGCAUCUUCCUAGGUCUCAUCUAGUUACAUUUGUUUUGCAAUUCAACUGUUACACAAGUUGCUCAGAGAGCGUUAUGUUUUAAGGCAGCGUACAAAUAUUGUAAAUAUACAAUAAGAACAAUAGUCCAGCACAGUGCUUGCCACAAUGGCCAACCAGGUCCUUUCAGGAAGGCCACAAGCAGGGCUCAGAAGGCAAUAUAUUUCUCCUGCUGUCACUUGCUUGUCCCCAUGAAACACGUUUGACCCAUCUUCUGGUAUUUGAGGAGAAAGGUACCUCCAUAAUUUUGAGACACUUGACAGAUGUCAAAUGAAGGAAGAACAUUUUUGUCCGUAUUAAUGAUUUUACUUUUUAAGCUGUAAGCCGUACCAAAGAAAAAAGACAUUCCAAGCUGAGCCACAAAUUCGAAUAUUUAUUUCCAGCAUGCAGUCAACACUCAAAUAGAGAAGAGAGCAUUAUUUUCCUUGUUCAGCAGGAAAAACACCCCCCCCCCACACACACACACACAUUCCGACUACUAGACACAAUACAUUUUUUUUAUUUCAUGGGGACCUUUAUAAUAUAGAGAAGUCUGGGUCUUCAGGAAAGGCUCUGCUUUGGAAAGCAAUGCAUGUCGAGCCUCCUCAGCCCCCCCCCCCCAGUCGGUACUAUAAAAGGGGAAAACAUCAGAGGCCUAUUUCUAAUGGGCGGACGGUGUCUGCGGCGGCGCCGGAACGUGUGAACAGUUGAGGGCCGUCAGAACGCUCGCGCGCGGGAGAAAGCGAAACGGGAGCGAGCGAGGGAAGGCAGCCCUUUUGGGCGAGGGCGCGCCGAGCUCCUAGGCGUCGUCCGCUUGAACGCGCAAGGCGGGGCCUCGCGGGCCGCGGAAAGAGAAAGGGCGGCCCAGAGGGAAGGGGCUUGCCCGGCUACGCUCCGUCGCAGCACCGCCCCCUUGUGGGACGCUAUAAACAGCUGCAGGGGAAACCCGGCUGGCUUCUGCGGGGCGCGCGCUUGUCGCACUUGUGGCGGAGUUGGUGGGGAGCCCUGGGAGAAAGAGCUUCCGAAGCAGCUGGUGGCCGCGCGCCCAGGUAAGACGCGGCGGCGCUUCCUCAGCGGCUGCCUUGAUUUUGUUCCCCUUCUGCGUUCGUCCUCCACAGUCUCGCCUUUCUGCCCAGGCUGGGCGCUUCGCUUUCCUAGGUUUUUAACGGGGGCACGGGCCACGCAGGGCUGGCGCCCCUAGGUUUCCAUCUCUUUCGGAAGCGGGCGUCCAAAGCGGCUGGAAAUCUCCUGACGGUGGGCAUAUCCACGACCCCUGGAGCUGGGACGCCCGGCUCUGCUGCUCCGCGCGUGUGGAUGCUCUUGUUGCUCUUCUGCGGGGGGGGGGAGUAUAAAUCUCUGCACAUGCUCGGAGAAGCGAGUUGGGUUCAGUGUAUUCCCGUGUUUUCGUGGGCUCUCUUGGAAUGGACGGGUCAUAACCCUAGUCAGAGGCAAUUUUAUCUUCUCCCUUCUCCUCACUUUGCGCAGCCAUCGCAGUUCAUGGAAGCCGGGUGUGAACCCAGCUGUAAGUUGUGCUUCUCUCAAAGCUUAGCAUAUAGCGCCCAGCAGGGCCCACUGUUUCUGGAAAGGUGAACGUUUCAGAAUUGAACCCAUUUUAUGGCAGCCUUUUCUUCUGCUCCUGAGCACCUUUUGGAAAAGUUUCACUGGGAACUUCGGGUGGGGUGAGAUAAUGAGGUUAAAGGAAUUUGUUUAACUCUUGCCUGGAAGCUGCUCUGUUUCCCAGCUCCCUGUGCUCAUUUGUAAAGUAACUGCCACAAAGUGGCUUAUUGGUGAGGAAGCAGGAAAGCUACUCAGCGCACUUCUUGUUUCUAAAUGAUGCUGCUAAGUCUAGUGAUGCGAGCGAGCAGUUUGUCUGGAAACUGUUUCCCUUUAACGUGCAUUGGGUAGAGUCUCUUGGGGACAUACAGCUACCUAUGGAUAGUUGGCUGCUAUCCUGUUAAUAAAGCAAUUCUUAAAAGCUUAUUCAGGUUGGCCCUGCAUACUAAUCUAUAAUGGAAGAAAUUACUUCUUGGUAAAUAUCCAUGUUACGCUGUAGGUAUUCUGCUUCAUUUAUAGAUCCUGUUGAACAAUCUUUGGGCAGUUUGUUUUUCCAAGUUUGUGAAAUGGCUCUUUUAAUAGGCAUGGAUUAAUUAGGAAAAGACCAGCUACUUGUCAUAAACCCCUUAGUGCAAAGCUAAAUGCUGUAGGUAAUGGGAUUUAGUUGCAAGUCACAUGCCCUGACGGCAAGUUCAAGUCACCUGCUUGUUAAUUGUCUUGACCCCAAAAUUAGCUACUGCCAGGUUGAAGAUAUACUAGUGGCAGGUUUUUAGUCUUCUAAAAAUGAGUGUACAGCUGUUGACAUAAAAAGUGGAACAGAAUUGCUGCAAAAUCCAUUUAAAGUAGGUGACUCUGGAGACUUUUUAUUCCAGUGUCUGGAUAUAUAGAAUUUAGAAUGUAUAAAUGUUUAUUGGCUAUAUGCCAUUGUAGUAGUAAUCUUGGCCAGUAUACGGUAUUCUGCUUUUCAAGAAGCCCUUUUAUGAGAGACAAAAUGCAUAACUGUCUCCCUCGCUGCAAGGAUUUGGUAAACUUCAUGCAAUACCCCUUCUUCUACACUUUUAAACCAUUUUCUUUGGGUUUUGUUUGAAAUUGUUGUAAGCAGUGCCAAAUUGCUUUUUGACUGAAGAGCGGUGGUACAAAAUAUUGUAACAGAUAAUAAUAGAUGCAAGAGUUACGGCUUGUGGGUUUAUAACCCCAUAAUUGCUUACGGGGGAGGACUCCCCAAUUUUUGCAACAGAUUUUUAUUUCUUCAACACCUAGAACAGGUUCUGUCAUGAACUGCAAGAGUCAGGAGGAUGGAAAUGGAAAACUGAAUCCCAUUGGCCCUUGAAGGUAGUUGCAUAAUUCCUUGGCUCUGUCAUGCCUGAUUCUUCAAACUUGUUUAACAGCCUGGAUACUAUCCUGUAGAACAGUGUAGAUUACCGGUAUUUUCUAGCCUAGAUUGCCUGCUCUGUGGCUGCUGUUGGAUUAGUACUCUUAAAGUUACUCUUAACACUUUUAAAGUUUAACAAUUAAUAUGUUUACAUAUUUUGUUUUGUUUUGUUUUAAGCAUUUUUACCUUGCCUUCUGUCACACUCAAGGCAGUUUACAAUGCAAAAUUAGAUGCCACAAAUUAAAAUAACAAAAACAGACAUAGUAGCACCACAAUAUUGUAUGGACAAACAGAAUCAAAUGUGUGGGGACUACUGGAAUUACUGAGAUCUAGAAUCUGUAAGGAGUUAGACAGGGUAUUCUUUUCUAGCACAGCAAAUAGUACAUCCCUCCAAGCUGGGAGAACUGGCAUUGAAAUGGUAAAUACAUAAGACAAAUUCAUUGAGAAUAAAGCUCUCAAUGACCACUAGCAAUGCUGGUUCCACUUUCUGAAAUUAGCAAUGGAAGCUUCCUCCUUGACAGAAAAAAAUAGUAGCUUCAUGAGGACAGGGAGGUAUUCCUCAGAAUGACAGCAUAAAGCGAGGUGUUUUUUUUUAAAAAAAUGCACCCUGUAAUCUUGGUCCUGAUCUUGCAGCUGCUACUUAUCUUUCCAUUAAAUAUGCAUGUUAAUUGCAGUUGUUCAAGUAAGGUUGCAUCUAGUUUAGCCUUGAGAAAUGCCAACUUGCUGAAGAUCUCCUACUGAACUCUUUGCCAAAGCUGACUUCUUGUUCCCAAACCAUAUGUACUGCUGAAUGCAACUGCACUAGCAGACACUUUCUGCUCACUAGGAAUUUCAGAAUAGUUCUAGAGUUGUAAUCCACAAUAGAUCUUUUCUGUAGAGAGAGGUUUUUCAAAUGGAGCAAGUUGUGUUCCAAGAUGGACCGCUUGAUGGUUUCCAAAGUCUCUCCUGCAAGUGGUUUGUGAGUGCCGCCUUCUUGUAGACCUGCAUUAUUAUUUAUUAUUUAGUUAAUUUUCUGUACCAACCCUCAUCUGAGAAUCAUAGGGUGGUUUACAAUACAAAAACACAAAAAUAUAAAACAUACUGAUAAACAGAAAUAAUACCCACCCAGUUUAAAAAGCCAUAGGUUGCUUAAUUAGCCAAAGACAGGAGAGAAGAAGAAUGCUUUUGCCUGGCACCUAAAAAUACGUAACUAAGGUACCAGGCAAGCCUCUCUGGGGAGAGCAUUCCACAAAUGGGAAACCGUUGCAAGAAGGGGAGAUUGGCAGUUGGCUAGUAAUUAGAUUUUCCAAACUGAACGAGGGUUUUUUGAGGACUGCUUUUACCACUGCCUCCUUCAAGCAGGCAAGGGCCCCCUGUCUCACCAGGAAGCAUUAAUAAUCUCCUUGGCCUAGUCAGCUGUCUCCUCCCUACUAGUUUUUAUCAGCCAAGAGGCUGACUGAUCCCAAGCACCUUAUCCAUCCUUACUGAAACUCAUCCAACAUAACCAAACUAGACAGUGCUCUGGACACCUCUUGAGAUUCACCUGUUGUAACAUUGGAGUCAAGGUCCAGGUGGAUGCAAGUGAUUUUAUCCUUAAAAUGCUUUGCAAACAAGUGACAGUGAACUACCAUCUGUUCUACCACCUCCUUCGGACCAGACUAUAAAAGGCCCCAUACUAUCUGGAAAAGCUCUGGUGGACGGCAUAGUUUGCUGCUUUCACUUGCAUCUAAGUAGGUUUGAUGAUGAGUCCACACCAGUGUUAGAUUGCAUUCGACUGGAGUUUUCCUCCAUCUGUGUUCAAGCUAUCUUCCAGCUUGUCUCAUUGCCUGAAGCUCUGGAGUAUACUAAGGAGCCAAAGCAGGAGAAGUUGCUCAGGAGUGAUCAUGACAACAGCCCAAGCAAUUUGAAUGUACCAGAGAUCAGCCAGCACUUUGACAGGAGUGCAAAUCAUAGCAGCCAGAAAAUUCCCCAGAGCUGUCUGGAAACCCAUUGGAUCCAUCAGCCUCUGAAGGGUGGACCAUCCCAUUAGGCCUAUGCAGAAGGGAAAAGGUGCUGGAAGUCUAAAUCUCAACAGGAAGUGAUGUGACCAUGACAAGGGAUUGUGAUAUCAAUAGCACCCUCUUUCUGCCCAGCAGAGAAAACAAGGUCCAGAGUGUUGCCUCCUACAUGCAGUGGCCAGUGGCAUGUUGGGACAGCCCCAUGGUCAUCAUGGCAGCCACCCCAGAGCCAGUCACCUUGGCAUGGAUGUUGAAGUCCUCCAAAACUAGCAGUCUGGGAGUCCUCAACAUCGCCUCUGAGACCAGUUCUGUCAGUUCAGGCAGGGAGACUGCUAGGCAGCGAGGUAGGUGGCGUUAUUGAAUACUGCUUGACAGGUGUAUCAAAGCACUGUAUUGUUAGGGAAAGGAUUUGAAGAAUGGUAGCUUAGAACUCCAUGCUGCAGAGCACAAUUGGCUCCACAUCAUGGAAAGGUUUACUGCAGUGUUCUUAAAUAUGUUAUGGGCAUGCCAUUACUAGCUGAGGGCACAUCAGAAGUGGAAACGAUUACUAUAGUAAACCAAAUCUGGAUGUAUAUUAAGCACAUUCAUCUUGAAUGUAAAGCCCAAGUACAGAUAUUGGUGUUAAUAAUGAAUGUUGACCAAGUGCCCUCAGCUGCUUAUUAGAAGUCAACUCUCCUGACAUCUGUUGAUAAAAUUGGUUCAACGCCAUUAUUUCCUCUUCUGUACCAAAAUGAGUAUUUACACUAGUGCAGACAUAUUGUAUAGCGGUUGUGUAGUUCUGAGAGGCUGCGUCAGUGCAUCAAAUGAUGCUACACUUGCAACAUGUGCUUAUAUGCAUGCAAAUAUAAAUGCAAAAGUUUCCCAGUGCAAUCUUGUUCUGAUGACUUGCUCUGUUUGUGGAAUGAAAAAGCAGGGCCAGCCUACUCAUGGAGAAUUGUUUUUAUGGGAAAGAGAAAUAGCCAGACCAGGCAGUUGCCAUUUCUUUGCUAUUUCUGGGUCCAUUACUGUUACUAUUAUUGUACACAUUUGUACACCACUUUAUGGCAUAAAACCAUUGAAGCAACGUACAGGGUAAAAUACAGAAUAAAAUACAGAAGCACAAUAAAACCAAUUCAACGAACUCUAAAAAAGAACAUUUCAUGAAAACAGAGAAUUGAUAUUUCAUAAAUAACUGGGUGACACCUCAAGGAAAGUUUUCCUAAACAACAAAUGUAUUCAGUAGGUGCCUAAAUAUCAGAAUGCGAUAUGCCCGUCUGAUUGUGGCUGAAAAAUGAAUCCUGAGAGUUGGGGCUAAAAGCCCAGUGCAGACUCAUUGAAUCUCUGUGUCAGACAUAUGGUAUUCUCAGCAGUAUCCUAUCUGAGGAGCAGAGUUGCUUGGGCAAGACGAUGCCUUAGAUAUUCUCGUCUCAAGUUUAGGGCACUAAAUAGUAAAAACAGGACCUUGAAUUGUGCCUGGUAGCAUUUUGGCAGCUAGUGCAGCUCCUUCAGCAGAGGAUCUGUGAUGUUGAUGGGGUACCCAAGUCUAGCUGCUGCAUUCUGCACCAGCUGCAGCUUCCAGGCUUAGUCCAAGUGAAGCCCCACGUAGAACACAUAGCAAUAAUCCAGUCUUGAGGUUGCCAGUGCCAAGGUGAAUUCCUUAGAGUAUGUGGUCUUUAAAGUGGAAGGAAAUGAACUUAUACAUACACGUUAAGGUUGGUUGCCAACAAAGGAACAACAGAACCCCAGUUAAAAUUAAGUUCCUAGUGGGUUUACUCUUUAGGAGAUGCUAUAAAGUGGGAAGGAAUCUUAUACUGCAAAGUUCUGGAGAAAGGAAUGCAGCUUAUAUCCGUCUUAGGGUCCUGUUUGCUAUGAUUGAUAUCAGCUGCUACAUAGUAGAGCAGCCAAACCCUUGGAUAAAUGUAAUGGAAUCCCGACAUUUUAGAUUCCAGUGGUGCCAAGAAUGACAAAAUAACAGUAUAUGUCAUAAGUAACCGUUUCAACCUCAUCUUGACCAUUAUAUAAUGCCAAAUCCUGGAAAAGCAGUAUUAAACUCUUGAGGACUCUUAAAGGGAUGUGCUACCUAAAAUGGAGCUACUAGGAUCAUGCAGAAGACGACUUGUAAUUGCUGGGUAGGGAAUGCACUAAAAUGUCCUGAUCUGGAUUAAUCAUUAAUCUUCUUUUCCUACAUUCCAAGAAUGGUUUACUCUAUACAAUGGUCACUUAGCUGUGCAGCUCUGCUUUGUAAGAUUUUCUGGGUCACUCUCUCCAUAACAACUAAGCUGAACUUGGGUUCAAGCUAUCUGAAAAAGCUAAUAGAACAGCAAUGAUUUAUAGAAAGAUUCUUUUAUUUGUACACUUAAAGGAGAUGGCUGCUGUUGUUUUUCACUGUUUAUCCAAAAUCAUUAGGAGUUGGGCCAGGUUCACAAUGUGACCCAACCCAACACACACACACGGAACUGUGUCAGAGCAACCUUGUCUGCAAGGCAGCAGCUCCAGUAUUUCAGCUACACAAUAUGUGUUCUUGAAGCAUCAGCGUCAACGGAAGUGGUGGCAGUUGCUAUUUCAUCUGUGAACUUCUGUCUUACGUUGUCUGGUUUGUCCAAAGGGCUAUUUGUUGAUGGGUGACUCAGCAAAAAGAGCUGUUAGAUAAGGAUGCGUGGAUAGGUAUCAUUAUUUUCUGGUGACUGGAAUUCUGUGCCCCUUGAAGCUUUACUAACUGAGAGGUUAAUUUGAGAAAAGGCGAUUUUAACCAGUUAGUUGUUAAAGUUGUGAAGGACACAAUGGUGUCAUUAACACGAUUAAAUAAAAUAAGAUUCGUAAUAGAGGGAAAAUGAUAUUAUAACAGACCUCACAAUCAGCUUCAAAAUCUAGUACAGUCGUACCUUGGAUCCCAAACGCCUUGCAACUCGGAACAUUUUGGCUUCCGAAUGCCGCAAACCCGGAAGUGAGUUCACUGGUUUGUGAAUGUUCUUUGCGUUGAACCCGAAUGUCCAACGCAGCUUACACAGCUUCCAACUGAGUGCAGGAAGCUCCUGCAGCCAGUCAGAAGCUGCGUCUUAGUUGUUAAACGUUUUCAGAAGUUCAAUAGACUUCCAGAACAGAUUCCGUUCGACAACCAAGGUACGACUGUUGUAGGUGAAAUUGAAAAACUUUCCAUUCCAAAAAUAAGGCCUAUGGAAGACAGGCAAACAAGAUUGCCUUAUCAGUGGCUCAGAGGGAGUUUAGUUUCAUUGAGUAUCAAUAGUUUGAGGCCAGGAUAUCUUGGGGGCAAUUGCUGCUUCCAAUGUGGACUUCACUUGACUUAGACUCUUCUAGUUGUCUCUCUCACCCACUAGACAAAUGUUUUCUCUGCCCCACAUCGUCCCUGCUAAGCAAGCAGAAACUGUGUUUCAACAGGCAUAUUAAAAGAUUUUUUAAAGCACCUUUUAUUAGUUUUUCCUUGUUUGUUCUUGGGCUGCGUGUUAAAAUGGAAAACAAAGAUCACCUUUUCGCCACAUAGAGAUGUUCCAUUUACCAAUUUUAAAAGUUUGGAUACACCUUUCUAAGCAAAUACCCACUCCAGGCAGCUUACAAUAUUUUAAAAUAUUUGUUUUCCUUUUUACACUUUCUUGCUGUGUGCUAACCCCCGCUGGAGGAUAGAAACUGGCUUUGUGUUUUUGAGGCAUUUCUCUCAAAACUAAUCUGUGUCCUUGGUCAGUAGAGUUUAAUAACAUUCCUUGCUCCUUUCCACCCCAAAAUAUAUUUUCUUUUGAGCCUUCAGGAUCUGCUCAUGGUUCCAGCUUGCAUCCUUCUCUUUUCUAUGGAAGAGGGAGCUGUGGAGAGUUUAAUGAUGUUGGAUUAGGGAGCCUGCACCAGAGACAUUUAGGAGAAUGAGCCAUUUGCUAUUGUCCCUUGCACCCCUCCAGUGGGGUAUGGUGCUGCACAUGUUCACUUCCUCUGCUGAUUGGAAAAUAGGUGUGUGAGAGAGAACAUGCACUGGGGCAUACUGUUCCGGUUCCAGUUGUGUGAAUGAGGGUGAGGUUACUCCCCUGCUUUCUGAGCAUGAUGGAGUUGUCUGGAACAAUUGCUGCACUCCAGUGGAUACUCCCAACUCUGCUUUCAUCACAUUGCUAUAAUCAUUCUCUUACACGGAAUAUCUAUGGAAUGCUCUUACGAUGUUGUAAGAAAUCUAUGCAUGACAAAUGAUUUGUUCCCUUAAACCUAGUAUGAAGGCUUUACUGUUUGAGAAAUGUAUGAAAAUUUACCUCAGCCUGCAGUUACUCCAGCCUGUAACUCCCAACUCUCUCCCCCGCCUUCCCCCCAGCAGCAAGAUAUCUAUGACAAAAGUGUCUCUCACUAAAUGUAAACGAAUUGUGAAAAAGACUCUUAGGAAUUGAAAAUUGAGACAAUAGACGUACCCUUCCCUGUUCAUUUGUUUUGUAACACACACAAAAAUCCUUAAUAAAACUUAAAACAAAAACUGAUGGGAGUGGAAGUUGGAGGGGAAAAUUAAGAUUGUUCUAGAAAAGUUAUUGUUAUUUUCUACAAAUGUUAGCAAAGCUCCUGCUGUGGAAACACAACCUUUACCUUGUUGCUAAUUGCUAGCAUCUCUUUUGCAGACUCAAAAUGCCAAACUGGGGAGGUGGCAACAAGUGUGGGGCCUGUGGCAGAACAGUGUACCAUGCAGAAGAAGUUCAGUGUGAUGGGAGAAGCUUCCACAGAUGCUGCUUUCUUUGUAGUAAGUACUCUUUUCAGUUGAAACAGUGAAUGGGCAGUGCAAGUCGUGAGCAGCAGGACCAUAAUUUUUGCUAUUCAGCUCCAAAGACAGACAUCUUAUGGCCUCAAGGAACAAAGAGUGUAAAAUACCAAGCACUAUCUAUGCUGCCUUGAGCAAUCUUGAGUUCCUUUCUUCCCAGGAUGACUUGAGAGGACUGUAUCUUCAGCAGAGGAAUGCAGUAGUCUUUGUCAGGAGAGCAUUUUCAGACACUGCAUGACCACCAGAGGAAGUGGACCUACUUGCAUGUCUCAUAUAACUGAGCACAUAAACAAUAAGAAGCUGCUCUAGCUGUUCUUUGGAAGAGAAGUGGACCAGCUCUGUCUAGUACUGAGAGUAUUAAAAGGACUGGAAUUAGUGGGAUUCAAGACUGAGCUAUAUCACCAUCUUUGCAAACGAAAGGCUUAGGUCAGUGGUCGGCAGGUUAUGGUCCUCCAGAUGUGUGGGGGCUGCAACUUCUAUUGGCCUCAGCAAGCAUGGUCAAUGGAGUUGUAGUCUCAGAACAUCUGGAGGGUCACAGGUCCCCCAUGCCUGGUUUAGGUUUUCACUUUGCUACACAUUGGUCACUUCAAAUCAAAGCCACCAUUUCAGUUGGCUCUGAGCUGAAUUUAUAUUCUAAGAUUAAGCAUGUUAACAAAAUACCAAGUUUAAUCCAUAAAAAUGCCUGUUUCACACUGUAAGUUGUUCCAGCAGUUUACAUUUUAAAGAUCAUUUUGUGAGAAUUCAUUAGUUGGCUCUCUUCCUCAUCCAUACCAAAUAAGUUAAUUGAAUGAUCUGGUUGAUUUUCUAUUUCAGCACAGUGGAGCCAAAAUUCUGUUGGGCUUUGGCACAGGAGGCUGUUGAUUGUCUUAAAUGAGCAGAGUCUAUGCGAUUAUGUUUCAGGCCAACAGCUUAUUGAAGAAUUGCAUUUUUGUACUAAAAAGCAUGUUCAUUAGAUACAAAGCAAAGGAUUGCAUCAAAUAACUGCCUUGUGAUGCAGCUGCCACAAAGAAGAGCAAUAUUGUUGUGACAUUAAAUGUGGAUUGUAGUUUACCCAAGCUCAUGUCAUGAAAUUAGUAAGAGCAACAAGCAAUUUGGGUGGGGGAGGCAGGGCCUGGAAUUUUCAGUAGCUGCACUUCAGGAAAAGCAGGGCAGUUGAUAACAGCUGUCAAACCUCAUGGUAGCAAGAAAGUCAAUGAGCUAAGCAGCAAAGCUGGGAAGGUAACAGAAUAAGCUCAAACUAUUUGCACUUUAGGUUCAGGAUUGCUUCUUCCUGUUUAGGCUUGGACAUGGAAAAUAUGAAGGAAUAAGUUUCUGAGGAUGCAUAAAGAACUCAGCUGUGAAGGAAUUGGUUAUCUCAUUUGGCCUCUACAAAUCUGGGAUUAAAGGCAAGAGCCCUCCUAGUCAGAAGGCAUGACUUUUCCUGACAACUUUUUUCAUGAAACUCAACAGUGUCUUGUGAGAUAAUAAUGGAACACAUUGUACACUACACAAUUCGAAUACAGGGGUGAAAACCCAAAGUGUGGCACUGCUCUGCUUCAAAAAGAGGCAAAAACACACACAAUAGAAUCUAGUUCUGCAAUGCAGCUUGACUCACAUUUGAUGUGGAAUAGCGAUGGGCAGACGAGACGUGAGCAGAAAUGCAUCUCUAUUUUCGUAACCUUUGCAAUGCCAGUUAAAAGUUGGCUACUGUAUUUUCAUUGGGUGUGAGGAAUGGCAAGUGCUGGUGUCAAUCCUCUGUGCUGUGAUCUUGACUGCCACUCCCCUGUGGCUGCAGUGUGCAAAAAAUAAUAGAGUGGAGAUGCAUUUGCACACCUAUUGUUAUGUCACAUUUUGUCCUGAUACAGACCAUUUAAAUGCAAAAGCUCUUGCAGUCUUAUGGAUCAAUAUAUAUAUUUUUCUUACUAGGUGAGUUCUGAACUGCCUGUUUCUGGUGAUAUGCAAAAAUAAUACUGAAUUUUGAAGUCGUAGUGGUGUUAACUAAAGCAUGUUGCCCUGAAGUAAACUUCUUGAAUGUGAAUGGUGGAGAGCACGUGGACUCUGUUGUGCUGAGUGCUCAUAUAGAACUGCCCAUAUUUUCUCAUUAACAGAGAAAUUCUGGCCUCAUUCCCAGGAAACAGAACAAGCAACUUAAAACUUUAAAAGCAGAAAUAGGCUACUAAUGGUAUUUCAGGACAUGGAUUUAAGUUGGGUCAGUAUUCCCAGUAAGUCUCUCAAAUGGAGUACCAAUAUAAGGUGCACUAAUUUUUUUUUUAGUGCCUCUAGUUAUGGAUACUUUGUAAAGUAAAAGUGGGAACUGUUGCAUAAUUAAACAUGUUGGUGGUUUUAAAAAAGCAGGAGGGAAAAUUGCUGACCUCAGUUCCUGGCUUCUCUUGCAGCCUUGUUAAUUAAACUGCAUCAAGCUUCCAUUCUGUAAAUGUCACAAUUAAGAAUGGGAAGGAGGGACAAGUGCCUCAGCAGAGCAAAAUAUAAUCCAGCAAUUCAAAAACAUUCCCCUCUUUUCAUUUUCCAGUAGUCCGCUAAGGUUUAAGAACUACCAGAGGCACUUUCCCCCCUGGCACUUAAUGUUCCUUUCUGUUAAUAAAUAGGCAUCCGUUUUUUGAAGAAGUAAAUUAUUUCUUUCUUUCUUUUCCAGUGGUCUGCCGGAAAAACUUAGACAGCACAACAGUAGCCAUCCAUGACGAAGAGGUCUACUGCAAAUCAUGCUAUGGAAAGAAGUAUGGUCCAAAAGGCUAUGGCUAUGGCCAAGGAGCAGGCACUCUUAAUAUGGACAGAGGGGAGAGGCUGGGCAUCAAGCAUGACAAGUAAGUGUAACUUGCAUUCUACUUCAGCUACUUGUAACUGCAGCUGGCAGUGUGACCCUACAUGAAACAGCCUGCAGCCAUGCUUUUGUCAUGUCUGUAUUGUGUAUUGUCCCUAAGCAAUGGUGGAAUGGUAAAGUUCACUCUGAUUAUAUAACUAAGCCUUUGUUAUUAGCAGCUGUCCAGGGAACAAACAUCUCUGGAAAUUGAGUCAACCCUGGUUUGUUCUCUGUGUGUAAUAGUGAUUCAGUUUUCUCAGAAAGCUGUUUAUUAUGGAAGUGACGCAGCUAGGCUCUAUUGGUAAGUGUUUUAUAAAUAAGGGUCCACCUCUUAAAUCAUGUUAUGUUACUUUAGAAUUUCAUGAAUAUCCAGCCUAAUAUAUACGAUGGGGCAAACCAAUGCCUAAUUCACAUGUGACACCAAACCAUGGUUUGGGCACAAUGAGAAUUGUGCUUGUGUGCACUUCCUCUUCUCUUUAUGCACUCUGCUUCAGUUGCUUCCUCUUGAAUCAAAACCAGUGCACAUUGGCUUGUGCAGCAGCAGCAGUUAUGGCUUCCAGUAUGCCAGGAGCAUUGGGGGCGGGUAGUAAUUGCGAGCAAGGCUUGGUAUUUCAUUUGAACAGUCUCAACAUGUUGGAUGCUGAGCAGUUCCUUCUGUUCAGAUGAAGGCUUCAAAGCCUUGAUACUAUGCCUCAGAUGAAUUUAUAGUUCUCAAGGCUAUAGAGCACCUUCACUGUAAAAUGAAAAGCCAUGAUGCAGUCCACCAUAACCUCAUUGAUUGUAGUAGGAUUUUCAGGGCCCUCUAAAUGGAUAAGAAUACUUGGCUGGUGAGGGCACCUCCCUAAAUGACAGGGGAUAUGUUUUAAAGACAAACAAGCCACAAGGCAAAAAGAAACUCAGAUCUGUAGAAGGGCUGCAUUUUAAAGACAGGGAAUACUGUGGCAGUCUUUAUCAUAGCCAGAACUUCAGGCACAAAUGAGGCUGUAUUGAUGUGGGCUUUCGAUAAAAGUUGUUUUUAUAAAUUCCAGUGAACUUUAGAGCAAAAAUCCUGAUGUGAGGCAGUCUUAAACAAGUACACUUUUAGCAGUGCAUGUUUGUAAACCUAGCCAUUGUUCAAACUAAGGGAUAAUUUGCGAACAUGGCUGUCUUUAAAAACCUCUUUCAUAUUACAGGUGCAAAUUGAGGGGAAAUCAUUACAACAGCAUUGUGAGAGUUAAGUGAGCCAGCAUAUAGAAGUAUAACUAUGGGCUAGUAUGCAUCUGCACUAGGUUAUUGGUUUGUGGGGUUUCCCCCCUGUUGUUUUUAUUAUGUAUUUUUAUGUUGUGGACCGUCCUUUGAUCUAUGAUUGAAGGGCAGGACACAAAUUUAAUAAUAAUAUUCACGCUAGGGCACCUUUACUUUAUUUUAGUGCACCUUCUCACCGACCUACAACAAGUCCAAAUACUUCAAAGUUUGCCCAGAAAUUUGGAGGAGCAGAGAAAUGUUCCAGGUGUGGUGAUUCUGUGUAUGCAGCCGAGAAAGUAAUAGGAGCUGGAAAGGUAAGGUGGCAUAUUGUUGCAAAUACCUUGCCAAGCAACACUGACAUUUUUCAGAUUCAUUAAUUGUAGAUAAAAUCUUGACUUGUUAAGAGUGGGGUAUCUUGCUCUCUUACAAGAGGUGAGCAAGUAGAUCUCUUUGAGGAGGAAGAGAUUUGCAGUCUUGAGACAGUGGCCAGCUGAAUCCAGUUUCUCAAACAUUUGUACUUAAGUGCUUUUUACUAAUAGAUCAAGCUCAUAUGAAUAGCAAGAUAACUCUAAGAAGACAACUUUUUUUUUUUUUGUAAUGGCUACUUGAAAAUAAAGAUUUGGAUUUUUUUUAAUGGUGCAAUACAGAAGCCUAAAAUAAAUGUGCUCUCUUUCUAUCUAGCCUUGGCACAAAAACUGCUUUCGCUGUGCCAAGUGUGGGAAAAGUCUUGAAUCAACAACUCUGACAGAGAAGGACGGUGAAAUCUAUUGCAAAGGUAAGAGGUUAAGGCAAAGGGCAUAAAAAUUGCUUGUUCCGGUGAAGAGUCAUAUGGUUUGAUUCCAGGAAGGGGUGGUCAACAGGUCAAAGGAAUCUAUUCUGCAACUGUUCUUUAAGUGGAUAAAUAUUUUCUCAAUUUAAGUGAUAGUUGGAGAAUAAUGAAGGUACCAGGUUUUCAGCUAAGGAAGUAAUCUUAAAUCAUUGCUGUGGAUGGUUAGGGACAACUAUUUUACACCAGCCAAAAGGAUUUGUAUAGCAGUUUCCUUCUUUCAGAAGUGACAGCUCUAUAGGUAUAAGGAAUAGUUUUGCCCUGGAAAACAAUAGAAACUCAUUUAAAAAAAGGUUCUGUAAAUCUGCUUGAGUACCUGAUUUUAUUAUUUCACCAAAACAACUGCUAGAAUUGAACUGAUAGUCUACUAUUUAUCCUUGCAGGUUGUUAUGCGAAGAACUUUGGCCCCAAAGGAUUUGGCUAUGGGCAGGGAGCUGGUGCUCUGGUUCACGCUCAAUGAUUCGUUAGUGCCAUUGCACUGAAAUGGUUCUAUAGUUACAACUUAAAUGCCACUAAUUACUGUGAAACUGAUAACUAGUAUCCUAUGCCGUUUCUUGUCUUAAAGUAUUGCAUUUUCUCAAGCCUUAAAAGCACACUUUUUACAUGCACUGUCAAUUGGGUUCAGUAAAUCUUUUUUGCUUAGAAGAUUAGUGUGUUGAAAGGCCCCCUGGAGAAUAUUGUUCUGUUUCUACUGCCUACAGAUCUGCGUCUAUAUAUUGCUUUGCCUGCAACAUUUGAAGCAUGGUAUGAGUUGCUUGCUGCCUAAACAAGCACUUCAUCAGGUAAUGGGAAGACUGGGAGUAAAAAGCAUGUUAAUCCAUUAUAGCCAAGUCUGUCAUUGUAGAUUUGCAGUAGCCCUGCUCAGGCAUUAACCUUCCCAAUUAUGCUCACUGGUCUUGCCUACUCCACUCUGGAGAAGUAACUUCUAAAACAGGAACCUGCUCUACUCAUGGAGUCCAUAAUUUAGAAUCCUGGUGUUACUCCACUAAGUAUAGCAGGUUUCCUUCUAGGGAAUGAUGGGAUAAUGGCAGAGUUAAGGCCAAUAAGCUGACAACCACCCAUCCCUUGCUCUGCCCCUUUUAUAGGGGAUGAACACCUGAACAGGGCUAGUGCAAAUGGCCAUCAUAGCACUAUGUUAACUGUCCAUCUCAGUAGUUUCACAGACAACAUAUGUGAGGUUACCUUGAUGUCAGAAAGGCAGCAACUUCUAAAAAUGCAACUGAGGUAUCUUCUGCAGUAGAUCUCUGCUCUGGCUAUUCUAAUUCAUGGUAUCCUAAAGAGAGACUGGGGGGGACAGGACCACCAUAGCUCGACUCACAAGGAAGUUCCCUCCUCUCUCCUUCCCUACUCCCAUUUCAGCUGCACAUGCUGUUUGGGAAGAGGUUGGAUGGAGCACAGGGGGAACUCUAUGAACUCAAGUUUACUAUAAGAUCCAAGUCUAUGAUAUAUACUGCAGUUAUGAGAACAUUAAGAGUCUGGAGUAACUUCUAGAAAGCCUCAAAUCUUGUUAUUACUCUUUGAAUACUGAUGUUCUGAAUUGCUUGUAGAGUUAGCCCUACAACUAUUGCUACUCUAUCCAUAAUUGGCCAGGGUUAUGACAUUUUGGAAUAUACACAGUAACAAAAAUGUCAUUUGUGAUUCAGACUUCUGCAAAGGGACCAGUACUUCUAACCACUUACUAGGGUAUCUUCAACAUUGUGGAUGAGGCAGUUCACCAAGGCACUAAUUUCUAGGGACAGGGGAAGAAGCAGACAGGACAGUAACUAGAAAGCGUAGGGAAACUAAGGUUUCACUUGUUAAACAGUUUCUUGUGUUAUAGACAAAAACAAUUUUUGUCAGAUUUUAUUCAUUUGGUAACUUGUUCCCAUAGCCCUACUCCAUAGUAGACUUCACUACAAAGAUUUUAGACAUUAAGUAUAUAUGAACUAUGGGCUUUGCUAUUUUUGCAGUAUGAACUGGGAUAAUGGACAUCUUAUUUCAAGCCAAGAUGCUAUUUUGCUUUUGUUAAUCACGCAAGUUUGCUUGGUAUGCUUAUGUACAUGUGGGUCAUUUUGAAAUUUUUGAAGCAAGGACAAAGUAUGCAUGUCUCAACAAUAAAUGGUUAGGCUGCCAAAGAAAUGACUUCAUAUCUCCUUUCAACGUCAUCUGUGUGCACAGCACAAUUCUGAACAAGGAUCCCCAAAUCAGAGUACUAAUUAUUCUUUAACUCUGUGUUCUUACCACCAUAUAAUUAACAAAUCGAGGCCAAGGGCAUAUACAAUAAGAGCAAGAAAUGCUUAUGCAAUAACAACAGUUAAAGGUAUUUUCACUACUUAACCAGUCAUUUUGGCCAAACUGCAGCUACCUGACAAACUAGAGAUCUGCUGUUCCCAAUCUAAGCACCACAGUAAGUGUUACUAUUCUUUCAUAGCAAAAAGCAGCUCUGUCACCCACCUCAGAAAUUAUUCUUUUGCCUCCCCAGCUUUCAGUUCAGGCUGGGGGUGCAAAAGGCGAGACAUGGCUUUAACUUUGCAUCACCUCUUCUCCCCGUGAUAUCAGGUGGGUGCAGUGCAGGGCCGGGCCUGGACCAGUUCUUGAUUCAACUAGCCCACCCCCGCUAUAGAGCAUAAUUGCUAUUAAAGCCUUCCUGCAUGAUCUUGGCUCUCAAAGGCUGGGGGGCAGGUGGGAAAGGGAAAGUACAAAGUUGGUUUAAGAAUAACCUGUGGAUCAGAGCUCCCCAAACUGUUUCUCGCAACAUGUUAAGUGUGUCACAUGAACGCUCCCCGCACUUCUCCAGAGGCUGGAAAACCGAAGAACUGUGUGGUGAAAUGAUGCAUGUCUACAAAGUGUCACUCCAAUACUGGAAAAAAAUGCUCCGCUAGUCUACUUACUGAGGUAGCAAUGGGCUCUUUGGCUCCUUUUCUGCUAAUUAGGUUACUCCAAUCUCCUAAGAAUAAAUUCCUGAGUGUUCUGAGCAGGAGAACAAGAAACUCUUGCUGAAGUAAAGACAAAUGCUAGCAUCUAGGAGACAAGUAUUUAUUUGAUUAAUAACUUACAAAAAAUGACAAUUUUAAUUUAUGUAAGGAGUGCUAUUUUUAUUAAACAUUUUACAGAUUUUGUUCACCAUGUAAUACAUCAACAUUUUGACAGUAGUAAAAUAAUGCUUGGCACAGUUAUAAAUAAGGUAAAUUAAAAAAAUACUCAGUUUUAAACAAUGAUGCUCUUAUGCAUAUUAACUGUUAAAACAACUUAGGAGAGCAUUGAGAAACUUAAAACCUGCAAAAAGAAAAUAGCUUAUCUAGGGCAGAAACAAAUUUUUCAUUUGCUUGUUCUGAAUAGAUCAAUGAACAUCUAUCUAGUAUAUUUGGAUCGCUUUCGUGCAGCCCUCUACAAUGGUGUGGUCUGCUGCAAUAUAUAACAGAGUUCUUGGUAGAAAAAAAUGCUGCAUAGAUACUCCCCACCCACCCAAUCUGCCAUAUUUCAGAAAAAAACCCUUCAGUAUUUCAGACUACUAGAAUUAUUCUAGCUGCCUCAGAUGUAGAACCUUCUUCUGGGCAAUUCUAACUCCAUUAUAUUUUCUUUUUGCAGCAUAGAGUUAAGCAAAAUUUACACCCAAGUAUUUUGGCUCAACUGAAGUAAGAUUUAUUUUCACUAUCAAGGACACAAUUAUUUGUACAAGGAAUCCAUAUGGUGCACAUUACUGUAACUUGCAAAAGAAAUAUAGAUGUAUAUUACACAGAUUUUUCUGGAGCUAUGAAAUAUAUUUAGCAAAUAGAUUACGGAGGGCUUUCAACAUCAAAUGAGAUUCUGCAGAGCUACGCUUUCUCCAAAAGGGAGUCAACUCCAUGUAAUGUAAAAUAAGAAAUAGAUGGCUCUGCUCAAACAUGUUCAGCUUGAAACUAAAGUUUACAAGUAGUGUUGUAAGAAUAAUAUAUUCUUAUUAUAGUUCUAAGUUGUAUCUGACAAAAUGGCACAGGCCUCUUUUGCCAUCCCUGCACCCAACUUCAUUCUCUUUCCCUCAAAAAUAGUGUGUCAAAGACAAAGUUGAAUUUUUCCAGUAUUAAACAUUCAAGUACACUAAUGUUGCACUUCUGUAAAUCUUGAUAUCUGGUACUUGCAAACUAUGCACACCUGGUGAUCAAAGAAACGGCUAGAGGGAAAAUGCCUACUUGAAAAUACUGAACAUCAACUAUUUACAGUUUCACUGCUCCUCUUACUAAGGCAAGGGGCGGGAAUACCACUAGAUUGCUUUAAUACCUGUAAUCUGCAUAUUACAGGAAAUGCUAGUUUUGCCAAGCAUCAAACAUGCAGUGAAGUUGCAGGGUACAGUGCCUAUUAACAGCAAUAUUGAUCAUUACUAACAAGCCCAUUAGAUAUCUUCCUACAUUUUUGGUUGGAUAAAAUGAAAUGAGCAGCUUUUAAAUAUACUAACACACACACACGCACACACACACACUCACAAAGAGAAAACUAUUUGAUAAAUUAUGUAUAUACAGAUAAACAUUCUUUACACUGGUCUCGAUCAUCUGUAUUAAGGUCCCCUCCCCAAAUCCCCCUCACAGGAUUCUCGAACCACUAUGUUGCUACAGCACUUAAAAAGAGAACUUAACCGAUUUUUCAAGUCUCUCUGUAAACAAUAGUUAAGGAAGCAGUGAAUAAUUCACAAGGAAUAUAUAAAAAUGCUGUAACAUAAAAUCAGUGCAUCACAUUCAACAACAUAAAACUCUUCUGGAAUGCAACUUCAUACCACUCCUUACCUUUCAAAUAUAUCUGGUUCUGGUAACUUUGAGACAAACAAAAGUUAAGGGUGUUUUCCCACGUGCCAUUACCAUAUUCUUCAAGAAGCCAUGUAAUGUUUUUUUUCCCCACUUAAAUCUGCUACAAAGGAAUUACAACUUUCUUUAGCUUGAAUUCCAUCAUUUUAUGUAAAGUAAAAGAGUUAUUUGUUAAUCAGUUUUUACUUCUCCAGCAGCCACAUUCAAUUUAACUGCAGUCAUAUCCUUCCCCGCUCCCCUAUUACUGAGAGUUGGCCCUUUCACUCUUUGGUUCCACCUACAUAACUUCGCACAUCUUCCAACGCUCCAAUGACUGUAGACUACAUCAUGCAGAACUGUACCUACUACUUAGGUACCAGCAUUUCACUGACUGCAUAUAUUGUACGUAUUUAUUUAGUUUUUGCAGAUUAUUAUGCUAUAUUUUGUUUUGUGGUCUAAUUUUCAAAAGUCGUAUCAUGCACCUAAAUAGGGCUUUAUACUGGACAAGAGAGAUGUAAUUUUGUGCAACUUCACCCACCCUCCCCGAAUAUACAUCUUCACACAAGGCUUAUUACGAGUAAUUCAAUAUAUCGGAAACAAGACAGCUUUAACAGCCAACAGCCAUUACAUUUACGUAACAGUUUUGUGACUAACAUCCUUCUGCGUCCUGCUUCCAACAACUUCACGCUUUAUGGUGGAUUCCCAAUAAGACCACAUGAUUCUUCGGAGUACUGAAUGCACAUUUUCAAUGCACAUAAUACUAUAGCAAAUCUGUACAAAAAUUCCAUUACAGGAAAUAUAAUACAUUGAUCUCAAAGUCUGUCUGCUUUGUAAAAUUUGACUUUAAUUCCAAUGAAAUUGUUCAAAUUAUGAAAUAAAUAUUUCAUGUUCAG